ACUCACGAUUGGCUAAAGAUGGUAGAAGAAAUACAGAAUCAUAUUGGUUCUCUUAAUUGGGGCUAUCGAGUUGCCCUUCGAGAGAAGUCUGUAACUUAUAUUAACGCCUACGGCACACUUAUUGAUCCGCACACUAUUAAGGCUGUGGAUAAGACCGGAAAGGAUACAAUAAUUACUGCUGACAAAGUUAUCCUCGCUACGGGUGAACGUCCCCGUUAUCCAGGCAUUUCUGGUGACAAGGAAUUUUGCAUUACCAGUGAUGAUCUGUUUUCUCUCCCCUACAACCCUGGUAAAACCUUAGUGAUCGGGGCCAGCUACGUGGCCCUUGAAUGUGCGGGCUUUUUAACAUCCUUGGGUUAUGAUACUACUGUAAUGGUUCGUUCCAUUCUACUUCGGGGCUUUGAUCAAUUAAUGGCUCAAAUGGCAGGCGCUUACAUGGAGAAACAUGGAACGAAAUUCAUCAGGCAAUGCGUACCCACAGCUGUAAGAUAUAUUUGUGAUAUUUUAAACAUACUGCCGUGCCAUUUUUCUUCCUUUAUGAUACGUCAAUUGAAGGCUCCAAAAGAAGCUGAAGGGCAACCCGGCCUUCUCGAGGUAGAGGGCAGGCAUACUAAUGGCACUCCAUUUGUGGGAGAGUUCAAUACGGUAUAA